AUGUUAAGUACGAUAUUCAAACAAAGUUUACUGAAGUCACAGUCAUUGAUACGCUAUGCUUCGACUAGUAGUGAACAGCAUACUGUUUUAGUUGUACUCUACGAAGGAGGAGAAGCUGGAAAGAAGAAUAAAAAGAUUCUGGGAUGUGUGGAGAACGCACUUGGCUUACCCGAAUGGAUAAAAAAGAAUAAACUUGAGAAUCGUUUGAAAUUAGUGGUCACAUCGGAUAAACAAGGUGAAAAUUCUCUCGCUGAAAAAGUUUUACCUGAAGCAAGUGUGGUCAUUUCUCAACCAUUUUGGCCGUGCUAUCUCGAUCAAGCACGUAUUGACAAGGCUAAAAAGUUAAAACUGGCAAUUACAGCUGGUGUUGGAAUUACUGUUGCGGAGGUAUCUGGCUCGAAUGUGGUCAGUGUAGCUGAACAUGUUGUCAUGCAAAUAUUGGCUCUGGUACGAAAUUUCAUUCCAGCUUACAAACAAGUUAUAAAUGGCGAAUGGGAUAUCGCAAGAAUAGCUGAUAAAGCGUACGAUUUAGAGAACAAACAUGUUGGUACAGUUGCAGCUGGUCGUAUUGGUCUUCGUGUUUUACAACGUCUUAAACCAUUCAAUGUCCACUUGCAUUAUUACGAUAAAUUUCGUUUAGAUAAAUCAAUCGAAAAAGAUCUUAACGUCACAUAUCAUCCGAAUGUGGAAUCGUUAGCUAAAGUAUGUGACGUAGUUACAAUCAAUUGCCCAUUACAUCCAGAAACAGAACAUCUGUUCGACAAGAAAAUGAUUUCUUUGAUGAAAAAAGGUAGUUACAUUGUCAACACAGCCCGUGGAAAGAUCAUGGAUCGAGAUGCAUUGGUCGACGCGGUGAAAUCGAACCAUAUCGAAGGUUAUGCGGGUGAUGUUUGGUACCCACAACCAGCAGCGAAAGAUCAUCCAUGGCGUUCGAUGCCACGACAUGCCAUGACACCGCAUUAUUCAGGUACGACCUUAGAUGCUCAGGCACGUUAUGCAGCUGGUGUUCAAGAAAUUCUUGGCAAUUGGUUGAACAAUCAAGCACAACGUGAAGAAUAUUUGAUUGUUGAUCAAGGCAAAGUCGUUAGUCGGGCUUACACUGAAGGUGACGCCACGAAAGGACAUGCAUCGAACAAAUAA